AGUUGUGGAUCACGUGAGUCCCUGUCCGGGCAGAGCAGUCCAGCAGUGGGAGCCUCUGCCGCAACGCUACGGCUCCUCUGGGCGGACGCUUCCAUUCUAACCACCGCCUCUCCUUCUCCAGCUACAGUGGGACAGAUUUCUGCCGUAGCUUUUUUUUUUUUUUUUUUUUUUUACAUAUGAGCGCCAGUCCACCCUCCGGGACUCUAUCGGGACUGUGAGGCCGCGUCAAAGAAGUGCGAAGACGGCAUGGGAAGCCCCGUGUUACCCAGAAGAGCGAUGGUUUGGCCAAAAUAAUCCCGUCUUUCUGUCGCCAGAGAGGGAAACUUAAAACAAGUCCUGUUUUUGGAGUCCCGCCGCCCCUCUCCGCUCUCCCCGUAGGAUUUGAUUCAAAGGCGAAUCCAAGAUGGCUGCUGAUUCCGUGCAGGGGGAUGCCAGGGCCCAGCUGGUGGCAGAGCGACUGGGUCUUGGACAAAACCUGGACCUAUCUGACACCAUGGUCCAGCAGAAGCUGGACGAGAUCAAGGAUCAGAUCCGUCGUGAGAUCCGCAAGGAGUUGAAGAUCAAAGAAGGUGCAGAGAACCUGCGCAAGGUCACCACAGACAAGAAGAGCCUGGCGUAUGUGGACAAUAUGCUUAAAAAAUCUAACAAGAAGGUGGAGGAGCUCCACCAGGAGCUGCAAGAACUAAACGCCCACAUAGUGGUCAAAGAUCCAGAAGAACUAGCAGAGUGCCCUUUAACCCCCGAUACUCCAAGCAGUGAAGCGAGAACGUGCACAAGCAACAGCCGCCUGGCAGCUUUAAAACGGCAGAAUGACAUCGAGCUGAAGGUGAAACAGGGAGCCGAGAACAUGAUUCAAAUGUACUCCAACGGCUCCUCCAAGGACCGCAAGUUACUGGCCGCCGCUCAGCAGAUGCUUCAAGACAGCAAGACAAAGAUCGAGUUCAUCAGGAUGCAGAUCCUGAAGGCCAGUCAGGCCACAGAGCUGAGCUUUGAGAGCAAUGACCUGAUGGCUGACAAGUCCAUCAUCAGUCCUCUGGACCUGCGGGUGGAGGAGCUGUGUCACCAUGCCAGGAUAGAGUCUGCAGUGGCAGAGGGAGCCAAGAACGUCAUGAAGCUGCUGGGCUCCGGAAAAGUCACAGAAAAGAAAGCUCACUCAGAGGCUCAGGCUCGCUUUACCGAGUCCAGCCAGAAGCUGGACCUGUUACGUUACUCGUUAGAGGAGCGCCUUAGCGAAUUGCCAAAAAACCACCCUCGCAGCAGCGCCAUCGUAGAGGAGCUGUCUCUGCUGUCCUCCCCCACCCUCAGCCCCAGGUCCAGCAUCAUCUCCACACAGAACCAGUACAGCACCUUCACCAAGCCCGCAGCACUCACAGGCACGUUAGAUGUCAGACUCAUGGGCUGCCAGGACCUUCUGGAAAAUGUCCCCGGCCGUUCCAAGGCGGCCCCCAGCCCGCUGCCUGGCUGGAGCCCCAGCGAGACGCGCUCAUCCUUCAUUAGCCGAGCAAACAGAAACCGAGGCGUGAGCUCCAGGAACCUCACAAAGAGUGAGGAGGUCUCCAAUGAGAUCAGCGCCGUCCUGAAGCUGGACAACACGGUGGUCGGACAGACGAGCUGGAAGCCUGUCAGCAACCAGGCCUGGGACCAGAAGUUUACACUGGAGCUGGAUCGGUCUCGAGAGUUGGAGAUCUCUGUGUACUGGCGCGACUGGCGUUCCCUCUGCGCUGUCAAGUUCCUGAGGCUGGAGGACUUCCUGGACAACCAGCGUCAUGGAAUGUGUCUGUACCUGGAGCCACAGGGGAUGCUGUUUGCUGAGGUAACAUUUUUCAACCCUGUUAUUGAGAGAAGACCAAAGCUGCAAAGACAAAAAAAGAUUUUCUCUAAACAACAAGGUAAGACCUUCCCACGGGCCCCCCAGAUGAACAUCAACAUCGCCACCUGGGGGCGGCUGGUGAGAAGAGCCAUACCCAAUCUCAGCACCAACUCUUUCAGCCCCCAAGCUCCUGAGAUGGGCCAUGGGAGCGUUCCUGGUUCCCCCACACCCAGCAGCGAUCCACUGGUGACCAAGCUGGAUUUCGACAAAGAACCCACACCAGGACCCAAACACUACGCGGCACCUGAUGAUGUCAGAGAACCACCUGCACAGAACAAGAUGCCCAACAAGCAGGAAGUGGAGGACGCACUGAGUGAAUUCAACUUCCUGAACAAGAGAAUCAGCACGGUUCUGGAACCAGACGCUGACGGGGUUCUGGAGCCAGAGUUCCAGCAUCCCAACCUGGAGCUCACUUCCAUCCAGAAGGACUCAGAGAUAAGGGAAGAAGAGCAGUUCCACUUCAGUCUCCAAGAUUUUAAAUGUGUGGCGGUUCUUGGACGUGGCCACUUUGGAAAGGUGCUGUUAUCAGAAUAUAAAAGUACAGGCGAGAUGUUUGCCAUUAAAGCUUUGAAGAAAGGAGACAUUGUGGCUCGAGACGAGGUGGACAGUCUGAUGUGUGAGAAGAGGAUUUUUGAGACGGUCAACAGCGUCCGCCACCCCUUCCUGGUCAACCUGUUUGCGUGCUUCCAGACGUCGGAGCACGUUUGCUUUGUGAUGGAGUACGCAGCGGGCGGCGACCUGAUGAUGCACAUCCACGCCGACGUGUUCUCUGAGCCCCGGGCCGUAUUUUAUGCAGCGUGUGUCGUUCUGGGAUUACAGUUUUUACACGACCACAAGAUAGUGUACAGAGACCUGAAGCUGGACAACCUGCUCCUGGACACAGAGGGGUACGUGAAGAUCGCUGACUUUGGCCUUUGCAAAGAAGGAAUGGGCUUCAGGGAUCGCACCAGCACCUUCUGCGGCACGCCGGAGUUCCUGGCCCCGGAGGUUUUGACGGAGACGUCAUACACCCGCGCCGUGGACUGGUGGGGGCUGGGCGUGCUGAUCUUUGAGAUGCUGGUGGGAGAGUCGCCGUUUCCCGGCGAUGACGAGGAGGAGGUGUUCGACAGCAUCGUGAACGAUGAAGUCCGCUACCCACGCUUCCUCUCCACCGAGGCCAUCUCCAUCAUGAGGAGGCUUUUGAGGAGGAGCCCAGAGCGCCGUCUGGGAGCAGGAGAAAGAGAUGCAGAGGAAGUUAAGAAACAUCUAUUCUUCAGGAACUUGGACUGGGACGGCUUGCUGGCCAAGAAGGUGAAGCCGCCGUUCGUGCCGACCAUCCAGGGCGCCAACGACGUCAGCAACUUCGACGAUGAAUUUACCUCAGAGGCUCCGAUUUUAACCCCCCCCAGAGAACCCCGAGUCCUGAGCUCCGAGGAGCAGAACCUGUUUUCUGACUUUGAUUACAUAGCUGACUGGUGUUAGCUUCACCUUCAAAGACACACACACACACGCACACACACUGUGAACUAAGCAGCUCAGCGAUGACUGGAGCUCACUUUUUAUAAACAAUCCUUCCUUCAUCCCUGCCCAAAAUGUUGAGAGAACAAACUGUGCCAUUAAGAAGAAGAUCUAGUUGACCUCUACAAGGACCUCAGAUGCUUGUUGUUUUUUUUAAUCCACAUGAGAUUGUUGGUUGUUGUUUUUUUUGUUGUUGUUUUUUUAAUUGAAUGGAAUUGUGUUGGAUGGAAGGUGGAGGGAUAUCCUGCACAAAUCGCCGCCGUGUCCGUUGACUGACCACUGAGAAUGUUUUCCAUACGGACUGAGAAGACAGCACCAUUACAAUCACAUUAUUCAGUGUUGCUGUCUUCAGAUUUAAAAAAAAAAAAAAAA